CUGCAUUCUGUGUAUUAUGUGUAUUAUGUGUAUUAUGUGUACGGACUUGCUUCUCCUUUGAACCUGUCGAGGCUGUCACAAGGCGCUGAGUUGGGCUUUACAGUCUGUGUGCUGGUGAUGAUGAGUGGGCCACACACAAGACCCCUUCUGCCAGGAGAGAGGGAGAGGGCAGGGAACAGAGAGGCAGACAGAGGAGAAGAAAAAAAGAAGACGUCUUGGAAGACACUUGGAAGACAACCCCCCACACCCCCCAACCCCUCCCUCUCACACACAACCUCACACAUAAACACUUAUACAUACACCUCCCCUUCCCACCCAUCAGCAAGCUAUUUUUUACACCCCACAAGUAUCCUACCAUAAGAAAAAAAACUUUUUUCUUCCCCAUUGGAAAGAAGAAAAUCCCUCCAAAGAAACUCCAGCACACCAGUCACAGAGCCCUCGCGGCGCAGGAGAAGAAGAAGAUGGCCCAGGGGUCGCUGGCAGUGGUGGCGUCUAAGUUCUUAGGAGCUUUCUGGAAGCCGUUUUCUUUCAUCAAAACAUCAGAAAAUAAGAGGAAAUCUUUCGGUCAGAUUGCAGGAGACCGUUGGAGAGACACCGUCACGUGACCCCCGGUACCAAAUGGUCUUCCGGCAGUGGCUCUCAACAAGGACCGGAGCACAAGAAGAAGAAGACGCCGCCGCCACUUCUCUCGGAAAUGCAGAAGACAACAUACUACGACAACUCCUCUGCGCUCUUUGGUGGCUAUUCGUCCUACCAGGUGCAGGGGGCGGCAGCGGCAGCCGCGGCAGCCGCCAACGGCUUCGGGGGCUACGAUGCACCGGUCCCAGUGUCCCACCACCAGCCGGCCUUCCAGUCAGCGACCCAUCUGGACGUGGAUUCGUACCAGCGCUCAGCCUGCUCUUUACAGUCACUGGGCAGUAACAGUGGCCACCAGCAGCAGCAGCUAGCCAAGACCAAGGAGCUGAAUGGCAGCUGCAUGCGGCCCAGUCUGCCGCCUGAGCACCACCCAGGCUCCCAGGUGUCCCCUCCACUGCCCCCCAACCCCAGCAACGGCAAUACUGGGGCUCAGCAGCCGGGGGGCAGUGCUGGGGCCUCCUCGGUCUCUAAAUCAGGCCCCAAUAAGUCAUCGAAUUCCUCUUCCUCCACAUCAUCCUCCACAUCGUCCUCCUCCUCCUCACUGCCCCCCAACCCGACCAUGGCCAAGCAGAUCUUCCCCUGGAUGAAAGAGUGUCGACAGGCGACCAAGCAGAAAAACUGUUCACCCAGCAACAACUCUGGCAACGCAUCAGGAGGAGCUGAGAGUGGCAGCAGUGGGGAGAAGAGUCCUACAGGCGGGUCAUCGGCGUCAUCUAAACGAGCUCGCACGGCGUACACCAGCGCCCAGCUGGUGGAGCUGGAGAAGGAGUUCCACUUCAACAGGUACCUGUGCCGGCCGCGACGCGUGGAAAUGGCCAACCUGCUCAACCUGUCUGAACGCCAGAUCAAGAUCUGGUUCCAGAACCGACGCAUGAAAUACAAGAAGGACCAGAAGUCCAAGGGCCUGAGCUCCAGUUCUGGAGGGCCCUCACCAACUGGCUCCCCUCCUCUGACCAUGCAGUCCUCCGCCAGCUUCCUCAACUCAAUGCACCCUAUGGGAGGGGGGAGUGGAGGGGGGGGAGGCUACGACGUCCCAUCUCCACCAUCCUUCGGCAAGCCCCACCAGGGAGUGUCUUACUCCAUGUCCACUGCCUACUCCAAUGUCCCUAUGAAGGGCUGUCCUCCCCAACAGAAGUAUGGCGCCCCAGACCAGGACUACGGCGACCCCCAUCCUCACCACGGCCUGGUGCAGGCCACUAACGCUGGCUACGGGACUCCCACCAGCAUGCAGGCCAGCCCAGUCUAUGUGGGGGGUGGCAGCUAUGUGGAACCCAUGCCUGGCUCGGGGCCCUCCAUGUACGGGCUAAACCACCUUGGCCCCACGCCGCCCCACCACCAAACCAUGGACUACAAUGGCGCAGGGCCCAUGUCGGCCGCCAACCAGCACCACGUGGGCGGAGGGGUCCCCCCGGGUCCCUGCGACCCACCCACACAUCCAACAUACACUGAGCUGUCGGCGCACCAUACCUCGACUCAGGGCAGAAUCCAGGAAGCACCCAAGCUCACUCACCUGUAGCAGGUUUGGAACAAAAUGACAACGUAGGAAAUAGUGCAGACGAACAUGUAACUGACUCACUAACAAAGCAACUAACAUGUGGGGACACUGCUGCAACAGGACGGCAGGACAGACAAAAGGAGACAGGCAGGAGCCAUCGAGUGGUUUGUCCUUUGCUCUACAGCUGUUAAAGGGCCGCAUUCAGUGUUGUUUGGCCCAACCUGUUUCCGCUGCCUUCUGAUUAGGGCUAGAGCUUUCACUGUUACCUCUAAAGUGCAGUUAGUUUUAAUUAAACGUAUUCCUGUUGCCAAAAGAGUAAAAAAAAGGCACAUCUUUGCAGUGUAAAAGUACUGAAAUCGAUGGUAGAUGCCAAGCUGGGACCAAACUUACUAACUUACUCUCUGCUACUGAAACCUUACAUUGUCAUUCAGGAAAGGACCCACCAAAAUUUUCCCAUUCAACACUAAUUUAUCAGUUUUAUAACUUCCCAAAGGUUAAUUUAACUUGCACAUUCAAAUCUGCUCAAGAUUUUAAGGAUUGAGAGUACACUAUUAGUGAUUUAUUUAUUUAUUUAUCAUCUUAGAACUCUUGGGCUUUUUAACCCAUGUUUACAAGUUUAACAUGAACCUUUUUAGAGCAAUUUACACUCUACUGUGAGUGUCCCAGAGGCAGCGAAGCAUAUUGUAAGCGUGGGAGAAGAAGUGUACAAUCAAUUGUCUGCCGUGGCCCCCUGGGGACACUGAAUGUCAGAAAGCUCGUCUUGUGGCACUGGUGCAGAGACAUAUCGGCAGCUGUAUGGUAUAACAGGAUCUUUGGUGAGCCUCAUUGUUCAGUCAGUAUUAUUAGAUUAAUAAUCUACAGCACAAUCAAUCAGAAAACAAUACCAUACUACAGGCAUGAAAAAAAAUUAGACUACCCUUGUUUUCUUCAAUUUCUUGUUCAUUUUAAU